GCUAGGCACCCCGUGCUGCUCAGACGAGCACCGAGUGAUCGAUGCCCCGGCAAGCCUGACUACCGGGCGGAGGAGAGGGCCGGAGAGUUCCGACCAAACCGAACAAGUGGUCGCCAGCCUGCGGGCAACUCGGCACCGCCCGUACUCGAGACAGACUGGUAGAGGGCCCCAUGGCUGAAGACACCCAAGAGCCCCUGGCAGGAGCCGGUGCCCUCCGGGAGGCCCUCCGGGCGCUCCUGCCCCCCACUAAAGAGGAGCUGGCCCUGGAACUUGGGGAGAACGUGGAGCGCAGCGUGGUGCAGCUGCUGCAGGAGGCCGCCGAGCUCUUCUGCGGGGGCCGCCGGAGUGAGUGCCUGCAGGCUAGCGAGGCCAUCCUGGACUACUCCUGGGAGAGACUCAACACCGGGCCAUGGCGGGACGUGCACAAGGACUGGCGCCGCGUCUAUGCCUUCGGCUGCCUCCUGAAGGCUGUGUGUUUGUGUGAGGAGCCCGGGGACACCACCGCAGUGGCCGCGGCCCUGAAAGUCUGUGACAUGGGCCUGCUGAUGGGUGCGGCCAUUCUUGGGGACAUCCUCAUUAAAGUCGCUGCCAUCCUCCAGGCGCACCUCCGCUCGGGAAAGAGGCCUGGCCCAGGCCCAGCCCAGGAGCCACCCAGCAUGAAGAAAGCAAGGUAUGACCCUGUUUCGGUUCCAGACAUGACGUCAGAGAGAACGGUCCCCCGGCUUCACUGUCCAUCCCUCGAGCAUUUCAGGAAGUACUUUUUGGUUCCUGGGAGGCCUGUGAUCUUGGAAGGCGUGGCGGACCAGUGGCCGUGCAUGAAGAGGUGGAGUUUGGAGUAUAUCCAAGAAAUCGCCGGCUGCCGGACUGUGCCGGUGGAAGUUGGCUCCAGGUACACGGACGAGGAGUGGUCCCAGACGCUCAUGACGGUCAACGAGUUCAUCAGCAGACACAUCAGGAGUGAGCCCAAGGACGUCGGGUACCUGGCGCAGCACCAGCUCUUUGACCAGAUCCCGGAGCUGAGGCAGGACAUCAGCAUCCCCGACUACUGCUGCCUGGGCGACGGGGCGGAGGAAGAGAUCACCAUUAAUGCCUGGUUUGGCCCCCAAGGCACUGUGUCCCCCCUUCAUCAGGACCCUCAGCAGAACUUCCUGGUCCAGGUGAUGGGCAGGAAGUACAUCCGCCUGUACUCCCCGCAGGAGUCCGAGGCUUUAUAUCCACACGAGACGCACCUUCUUCAUAACACGAGCCAGGUUGACGUGGAGAAUCCUGACCUGGACAAGUUCCCCAGGUUUGCCGAGGCCCCGUCCCUGUCCUGCAUCCUGUCUCCCGGGGAGAUUCUGUUUAUCCCGCUUCAGUACUGGCAUUACGUGCGGGCUCUGGACUUGAGUUUCUCCGUCAGCUUCUGGUGGUCGUAGCCACAGUGCAAGGAUGACACGCCAGCAGCAGCUGUGGCUUCACGCGUCCCCAGCUCCGCAGCUGGCCUGGCGCCAGGUCCCAGCAUUGAGACCAGCCCACCCUGGCCUGUGCCGAAGCCUGUGCUGGAGACCAAGCUGGGCGGACACGGGCGGGGGGCCCCGCAAGGUGCACGCUUCAGGCCAGGGGCCGGCAGCAGAGCCAGGUGGGCGAGCCCCCAGAAGGACGCUGCAGGCCGACACCCCAUGGAGACCAUGGCACCGAGGCCUGAAGUGCUGCGGUCACAGGCAGCAGCAUGUGCAGUGACAGAGCUGGGAUCUGGGCUUGGCUCCCUGGACUCCAACCCAGCCCCUCGGCUUACUUGCCGUGACGGUUGGGACAGGUACCUCAUCGGGUCAUGGUGUGGAAUACAGGGCAGCUGGAGCGCCCGCCAGGACGUUCGAGAGGUGGUGCGUGGACAGCCCCCGCAGGUCCAUGAACGUAGCUGUCUGAUGUUAAGAAUUCUUACGAUUGCUACCGA